AUGAAAAUCUUAAGUGUUUUGUUGAUUUCUUCAAGUGCACAGGACUACGAUUCAUUGGCUGGCGCACUUGGCGCGAUAUCCCUUGAAGAGUUCGCAUUGCCAGACGAAUUUGUUGCUGAAACUGACCUUGAGGAAGCAAUUAAUAAAGCUCUCGAUGCCCUCGUUGUCGAAGCUACUGAAAAUGAGGUCGACGCAGAGGUAAGAUAUUUCGGGCUAGCUUCCGCGACGACGACCACUACAACGCCAGGAACAAAUACAACAACUCAAUCUCCGGGAAGCGGUUGCUUUAAAUGCGAUGCUAUGUCGAUGACUUUAUGUGCCGUUUCUGGAGUGUUCGAAACUUGUGAAGGAGAAAGCAGCAGCUGCUUCAUCGAAGCCCGAGAGGUUAAUCAACAGCUGACCCAGCUCUGCACUGGCUGCAAAAAUCCACAGGCAUGCUAUAAUUUACAACAAAGUAACAAUUCGAUUCAGUACGAUUUCGCCGCUCAGAAAACGAAUCUUGUUGCUCGUGGUCACUUUGAUAAUCCCAUCUCUUCGUAUUCUGGUUCAGAAGCAAACCCUAUCGGACUCGGGAACCCAACUUGGGCGGUCCAUGAUGAAACAAGUUCUAUCAACAUGAGGAUGGAUCCGUCUUUUCUGGACAUAACUCAAUGGAAUCUCUACUUUGCGUCUUCGAAUGCAUCACCAAACGAUUGUGUUCAACGAGGAAAAGAUCACCCAAAAGCUCUGCCAUUCGUGACCAUGAAUUCUGACAAUGAGAGCGUCGCGAUUUCUCCAACAACUACUGGAAGAGAUCAAAGACAUAUGGUAUACUGGGGUGUUCUUGGAGCCCCAAAGUCAUGGUGUAAGUCUGAUUUGAGGCAAAUUCAAGCUGAAAUACGAUCGGGUGGAGCUUCGAAAGUUAUGCAGUAA